CCACCCCCUCCCCCUGCUCAAGGGAGACUUAAAUUAAGUGCAAGGACCGCAGCAGCAGCAGCUUAGGUCCUACCGACUGGACACCCCUCUUCUCCAUCCCCCCCCCCUUUUUUUUUUACCCAAUUCCUUCCCUCCCCUUCGCCCCACCAACGUCCAGCACGGUGCCCUAGCUGCAUACAGCAAGCUCUCAAUAAAUGGUCCUACAUGAUGAUGAUGAUGAUGAUGAAAAAAAUGCAGCAUCAACGGCAGCAGGAAGCGGACCACGCGAACGAGGCCAACUAUGCAAGAGGUACCAGGUCGCCUCUUUCUGGUGAAGGACCCACGUCUCAGCCGAAUAGCUCCAAGCAGAACGUCCUGUCUUGGCAAGCUGCAAUAGAUGCUGCUAGGCAGGCCAAGGCUGCCCAAAGUAUGAGCACCUCCGCACCCCCACCUGUCGGAUCUCUCUCCCAAAGAAAACGUCAGCAAUAUGCCAAGAGCAAAAAACAGGGUAACUCGUCCAACAGCCGACCUGCCCGUGCCCUUUUCUGUCUGUCACUGAAUAACCCCAUCCGAAGAGCCUGCAUUAGUAUUGUGGAAUGGAAACCCUUUGACAUAUUUAUAUUAUUGGCUAUUUUUGCCAAUUGUGUGGCCUUAGCUAUUUACAUCCCAUUCCCUGAAGAUGAUUCUAAUUCAACAAAUCAUAACUUGGAAAAAGUAGAAUAUGCCUUCCUGAUUAUUUUUACAGUCGAGACAUUUUUGAAGAUUAUAGCGUAUGGAUUAUUGCUACAUCCUAAUGCGUAUGUUAGGAAUGGAUGGAAUUUACUGGAUUUUGUUAUAGUGAUCGUAGGGUUGUUUAGUGUAAUUUUGGAACAAUUAACCAAAGAAACAGAAGGCGGUAACCACUCCAGUGGCAAAUCAGGGGGCUUUGAUGUCAAAGCCCUCCGCGCCUUCCGGGUGUUACGACCACUUCGACUAGUAUCAGGAGUGCCCAGUUUACAAGUUGUCCUGAACUCCAUUAUAAAAGCCAUGGUUCCCCUCCUUCACAUAGCCCUUUUGGUAUUAUUUGUAAUCAUAAUCUAUGCUAUUAUAGGAUUGGAACUUUUUAUUGGAAAAAUGCACAAAACAUGUUUUCUUGCUGACUCAGAUAUCGUAGCUGAAGACGACCCAGCCCCAUGUGCGUUCUCGGGGAAUGGACGCCAAUGCACCGCCAAUGGCACAGAGUGUAGGAGUGGCUGGGUUGGCCCAAAUGGAGGUAUCACCAACUUUGAUAACUUUGCCUUUGCUAUGCUCACCGUGUUUCAGUGCAUCACCAUGGAGGGCUGGACAGAUGUGCUCUACUGGGUGAAUGACGCGAUAGGAUGGGAAUGGCCAUGGGUGUAUUUUGUUAGUCUGAUCAUCCUUGGCUCAUUUUUCGUCCUUAACCUGGUUCUUGGUGUCCUUAGUGGAGAAUUCUCAAAGGAGAGAGAGAAGGCAAAGGCACGGGGAGACUUCCAGAAGCUCCGAGAAAAGCAGCAGCUAGAAGAAGACCUGAAGGGCUACCUGGAUUGGAUCACCCAAGCAGAGGACAUUGACCCUGAGAACGAGGAGGGAGGAGGAGAGGAGAGCAAACGAAACACCAGCAUGCCCACCAGCGAAACGGAGUCUGUCAACACGGAGAGAACGUAAGUGGUGAAGGCGAAGGAAACACACGGCUGCUGUGGGAACAUUUGGUGCUGGUGGAAAAGAAGAGGCGCGGGCCAAGGCUGGGCUUCGGUGGUGCGGCGGUGGGGCCAAGCCAUCUCCAAAUCCAAACUCAGCCGACGCUGGCGUCGCUGGAACAGAUUUAAUCGCAGAAGAUGCAGGGCUGCUGUGAAGUCAGUCACAUUUUACUGGCUGGUGAUUGUCCUGGUGUUUCUCAACACAUUGACCAUCUCUUCAGAGCACUACAACCAGCCUGACUGGUUGACACAGAUUCAAGAUAUUGCCAACAAAGUCCUCUUGGCCCUAUUCACCUGCGAGAUGCUGGUGAAAAUGUACAGCUUGGGUCUGCAAGCCUACUUCGUGUCCCUCUUCAAUCGCUUUGACUGCUUCGUGGUGUGCGGUGGCAUCACUGAGACCAUCUUGGUGGAGCUAGAAAUCAUGUCUCCGCUGGGCAUCUCGGUGUUUCGGUGUGUGCGUCUCCUGCGAAUCUUCAAAGUGACCAGGCACUGGACAUCGCUGAGCAACUUGGUGGCGUCCUUGCUGAACUCCAUGAAGUCCAUUGCUUCGCUGCUGCUGUUGCUCUUCCUGUUUAUCAUCAUUUUUUCCCUGCUGGGGAUGCAGUUGUUUGGUGGCAAGUUUAAUUUUGAUGAAACGCAGACCAAGCGGAGCACCUUUGACAACUUUCCGCAAGCACUUCUCACGGUUUUCCAGAUUCUGACAGGUGAAGACUGGAAUGCUGUGAUGUAUGAUGGCAUCAUGGCCUACGGGGGGCCGUCAUCUUCAGGAAUGAUCGUCUGCAUCUACUUCAUCAUCCUCUUCAUCUGCGGGAACUAUAUUCUGCUGAAUGUCUUCUUGGCCAUCGCUGUGGACAAUCUGGCUGAUGCUGAGAGUCUGAAUACUGCUCAGAAAGAGGAAGCCGAAGAAAAGGAACGAAAAAAGAUUGCCAGGAAAGAGAGUCUGGAGAACAAGAAGAACAGCAAACCUGAAGUGAACCAGAUUGCCAACAGUGACAACAAGGUGACCAUUGAUGACUACCGAGAAGAAGAUGAGGACAAGGACCCUUAUCCACCUUGUGAUGUGCCAGUAGGUGAAGAGGAAGAGGAGGAGGAGGAAGAUGAACCCGAGGUUCCUGCUGGUCCCCGUCCUCGAAGGAUCUCAGAGCUGAACAUGAAGGAGAAGAUCGUCCCCAUUCCUGAAGGGAGCGCCUUCUUCAUUCUUAGCAAGACCAACCCGAUCCGUGUGGGCUGCCACAAGCUGAUCAACCACCACGUCUUCACCAAUCUCAUCCUGGUCUUCAUCAUGCUGAGCAGCGCUGCCCUGGCCGCUGAGGACCCCAUCCGUAGCCAUUCCUUCCGGAAUACUAUACUGGGCUACUUUGACUAUGCUUUCACAGCCAUCUUUACUGUUGAAAUCCUGUUAAAGAUGACAACGUUUGGAGCCUUCCUUCACAAAGGGGCUUUCUGUAGGAACUACUUCAAUUUGCUGGAUAUGCUGGUUGUUGGUGUGUCUCUUGUGUCCUUUGGGAUCCAAUCCAGUGCCAUCUCCGUGGUGAAGAUUCUGAGGGUCCUCCGGGUCUUGCGGCCCCUUCGGGCAAUCAACAGAGCAAAAGGACUGAAGCACGUGGUCCAGUGCGUCUUUGUGGCCAUCCGGACAAUCGGCAACAUCAUGAUCGUCACCACCCUCCUCCAGUUUAUGUUUGCCUGCAUCGGGGUUCAGCUGUUCAAGGGCAAGUUCUAUCGUUGCACGGAUGAGGCCAAAAGCAAUCCCGAGGAAUGCAGGGGCCUUUUCAUCCUCUACAAAGAUGGGGAUGUUGAUAGUCCUGUGGUCCGGGAGAGAAUCUGGCAAAACAGCGAUUUCAAUUUCGACAAUGUCCUGUCUGCCAUGAUGGCGCUUUUCACCGUGUCCACGUUUGAGGGCUGGCCUGAGUUGCUGUACAAAGCCAUCGAUUCCAACGGAGAGAACGUUGGCCCCAUCUACAACUACCGCGUGGAGAUCUCCAUCUUCUUCAUCAUCUACAUCAUCAUCGUAGCUUUCUUCAUGAUGAACAUCUUUGUGGGCUUCGUCAUCGUCACGUUCCAGGAGCAGGGGGAGAAAGAGUAUAAGAACUGUGAGCUGGACAAAAAUCAGCGCCAGUGUGUGGAAUAUGCCUUGAAAGCUCGUCCCCUGCGAAGAUACAUCCCCAAAAACCCCUACCAGUACAAGUUCUGGUACGUGGUGAACUCCUCGCCUUUCGAAUACAUGAUGUUUGUCCUCAUCAUGCUCAACACCCUCUGCUUAGCCAUGCAGCACUACGAGCAGUCCAAGAUGUUCAAUGAUGCUAUGGACAUUCUGAACAUGGUCUUCACUGGAGUGUUCACCGUUGAGAUGGUUUUGAAGGUCAUUGCAUUCAAACCCAAGGGCUAUUUUAGUGACGCCUGGAACACCUUUGAUUCCCUCAUCGUAAUCGGCAGCAUAAUAGACGUGGCCCUCAGCGAAGCCGACCCAACUGAAAGUGAGAAUGUCCCUGUCCCAACCGCUACACCUGGGAACGCUGAAGAAAGCAAUAGAAUUUCCAUCACCUUUUUCCGUCUUUUCCGAGUCAUGCGACUGGUGAAGCUUCUCAGCAGGGGGGAAGGCAUCCGAACGCUGCUGUGGACUUUCAUUAAGUCCUUUCAGGCACUACCCUACGUCGCCCUCCUCAUUGCCAUGCUGUUCUUCAUCUAUGCGGUCAUCGGCAUGCAAAUGUUUGGGAAAGUUGCCAUGAGAGACAACAACCAGAUUAACAGGAACAACAAUUUCCAGACGUUUCCCCAGGCGGUGCUGCUGCUGUUCAGGUGUGCCACGGGGGAGGCCUGGCAAGAAAUCAUGCUGGCCUGCCUCCCGGGGAAGCUGUGUGACCCUGAGUCCGACUACAACCCAGGGGAGGAGUAUACGUGUGGCAGUAACUUCGCUAUAGUCUAUUUUAUCAGUUUCUACAUGCUGUGUGCAUUUCUGAUCAUCAACCUGUUUGUGGCUGUCAUCAUGGACAAUUUUGACUACCUAACCCGGGACUGGUCUAUUCUGGGACCUCACCAUUUAGAUGAAUUCAAAAGAAUAUGGUCUGAAUAUGACCCUGAGGCAAAGGGACGGAUCAAGCACCUGGAUGUGGUUACUCUGCUCCGCCGCAUCCAGCCUCCCCUCGGCUUUGGGAAAUUAUGCCCGCACAGAGUAGCCUGUAAGAGACUAGUCGCCAUGAACAUGCCUCUCAACAGCGAUGGGACCGUCAUGUUCAACGCAACUCUCUUCGCACUGGUGCGAACGGCUCUCAAAAUCAAGACAGAAGGAAACUUGGAACAGGCAAAUGAAGAACUCCGUGCAGUGAUCAAGAAGAUCUGGAAGAAAACCAGCAUGAAGCUACUUGACCAAGUUGUCCCUCCAGCUGGUGAUGAUGAGGUAACCGUGGGGAAGUUCUAUGCCACUUUCCUGAUACAGGACUACUUUAGGAAAUUCAAGAAACGGAAAGAACAAGGACUGGUGGGAAAGUACCCAGCGAAGAACACCACGAUUGCCCUACAGGCGGGACUCAGGACGCUACACGACAUUGGGCCUGAAAUCCGACGGGCUAUCUCGUGUGAUUUGCAAGAUGAUGAGCCUGAGGAAACAAAAGGAGAGGAGGAAGAAGAUGUGUUCAAAAGAAAUGGUGCCCUGCUUGGAAACCAUGUCAAUCAUGUUAAUAGUGAUAGGAGAGAUUCCCUUCAGCAGACCAAUACCACCCACCGUCCCCUGCAUGUCCAAAGGCCUUCAGUUCCACCUGCAAGUGAUACUGAGAAACCGCUGUUUCCUCCAGCAGGAAAUUCGGUGUGUCAUAGCCAUCAUAAACAUAAUUCCAUAGGAAAGCAAGUUCCCAGCUCAACCAAUGCCAAUCUCAAUAAUGCCAAUAUGUCCAAAGCUGCCCCUGGAAAGCGACCCAGCCUUGGGAACCUUGAUCAUGUGUCUGAAAAUGGGCAUCAUUCUUCCCACAAGCAUGACCGUGAGCCUCAGAGAAGAUCCAGUAUUAAAAGAACCCGCUAUUAUGAAACGUACAUUAGGUCCGACUCAGGAGAUGAGCAGUUCCCGACCAUUUGCCGGGAAGACCCAGAGCUCCACAGUUACUUCCGGGAUACCCGCUACUCGGGGGACCAGGAAUACUUCAGCAGUGAUGAGUACUACGAGGAUGACAGCUCACCAGCAGGGAGCAGGCAAAGCUACGGCUACUACAACAGAUACCCAGGUGGCAACUUGGAUUUCGAGCGACCUCGAGGCUAUCACCAUCCUCAAGGCUUCCUGGAGGAGGAUGACUCGACUCUUUGUUAUGAUUCUCGGAGAUCUCCCAGGAGGCGCCUUCUGCCUCCCACCCCAACAUCCCACCGCAGAUCUUCCUUCAACUUUGAGUGCCUGCGCCGACAAAGCAGCCAGGAGGAGGGCCCACCGUCCCCCACCUUCCCGCACCGCACUGCCCUGCCCCUGCAUCUUAUGCAGCAACAGAUCAUGGCAGUGGCUGGCCUAGACACAAGUAAAACCCAGAAGUACUCCCCUAGCCACUCGACCCGCUCAUGGGCCACCCCUCCAGCGACCCCUCCAUACCGGGACUGGACACCAUGCUACACGCCACUUAUCCAAGUGGAUCGGCCAGAAGCCCUGGACCAGGUCAACGGCAGUCUGCCCUCCUUGCACCGCAGCUCCUGGUACACAGAUGAGCCAGGCAUCUCCUAUAGGACUUUCACACCAGCCAGCCUGACUGUUCCCAGCAGCUUCCGGAACAAAAACAGCGAUAAGCAGAGGAGUGCCGACAGUCUGGUGGAAGCGGUCCUGAUAUCUGAAGGCUUAGGACGGUAUGCAAGGGACCCCAAAUUUGUGUCGGCAACGAAAUACGAAAUUGCCGAUGCCUGUGACCUGACCAUCGAUGAGAUGGAGAGUGCGGCCAGCAACCUGCUGAAUGGGGCUGUGCAUGGCCGACCCAACGGGGAUCUGAGCUCGCUCUCACAUCGGCAAGACUAUGAGCUCCAGGAUUUUGGGCCUGGCUACAGUGAUGAGGAGCCAGACCCCAGCAGAGAGGAGGAGGACCUCGCGGACGAGAUGAUCUGUAUCACCACCCUAUAGCCCUGAGGCCCAGGCAGCAGAUGGCCAGGGAACAAGUGCCUCAUAGUUAGGAAAGUUUAGGCACUAGUGUGGAUCCUGUUCUCUCUCGCUCAGACUUUCCUGCAAGGGACGCCAUGCCUCGUGGAAGCCAUAAACCUGGUAGGGAACAGCCACUCACAUGGCCCCCCAGAAGCGCAGCGCAGUGGGUCGCCCACUGGGAGGGGACCAGCAAGGUCACCGGACAAGUGUCACUUGCGCACCUGGAGUGCAGCAGGGCACGCACUCGGCCCCCGCCAGCACACAGGUACAGCGGGAAGGGUCAAGGUGAUAAUGAUCGCCAUACCUGUGUCAUUACCUCAGUCAUUGGUCUAGAAUAUCAGACAUUCACUUGGGCCCAGCAUAUCAUCCAUUUUUUGUCAUUCCUGUCUCCCACUUCCACUCCAGCACACUGUUUUCCUGGUUCCUGUUUGACAGGUGUCCUCCCUACCAGCUAUCGUCCUGAGAGGGGGCAGGACCUGAUCAGCAAGGUGUGUGGGCUGGUGACAGCUCCCACGGCCAUUGGAAGGCUGGGGGGGUGACUAUAUCUAGCACACUUGCAGCCAGGUCAAACUUAGAGAAUGCUAGUUUGUUUAAAAAUUACAGAUUUCCUGUACAGGACUUGUAAUAUACUCUCAUUUGUAUUUGUAAAGAGAUGGUCUAUAUUUUGUAAUUAUCGUACCGUAUUUGAACUGCAGCAAUAUCUAUGGGUCCUAAAUAAUUGUAGUUUCCCCCUUCCAACCCCCACUGAAAUGUAGAAAUUAUUCAUAUUUUUAACUGGGGCUAUACAGGAGUAGAGACAGUAGCACCCAUUCUAACACUCAUUCAUUCUGGAAAAAAAAAAGACAACUAAAAACCUUUUGGGGGAAAAAUUCUGAGUUCAAAUACGACAGAUAUUUUUCUAAAAUAUGCUGGGUCACUUUAACAUGAUACACUAGACAUUUUCCGUCUUUUCUUCGGGGCUGGGGCUCUCAGGUUUGACUCUGGGCCCCAGAUCCCCUCCGUGGUUCCAUCUGUCCCGUUUCACUCUUGACUAUCUCUCCAGUACAUCCACAGCAGUCGGCGGUCAGGCUGGUCCUUCUGACCCCCGAGAAGUUGUUGCUUUGAUUUUUUCAGCUACCCCCAUUGGACAUUUUUGCAGCACGGCAAAGUAAUUAUCCCAUAGAUGAAUGAAAUACCUGUACCCCUGGCCCCUGGGGCUGGUGAUGUGGCUUAUUUUUAGGAGUGCUGGGGUUUGGGACUAGAGCAAGUAAAAGGGAGGCCCUACAGGACUCGAAUGUUGGGGUCUGUAUAAAUCAUAUUGUUGCCUUUUUUUUUUUUUAAAAAAAAAACAAAAACAUUGCUGUACUGUGUAAUCUCUUUGAGGGCUUUUAUAUGCAAUUGAAUGAGGGCUGAUGUUUUCAUCAGAGUACAUUCACACUGAUUGUACUUCCUGAUGAAAACCCACUUUUGGAUCAUUAUUACCAUUCAGGCUUCCUUUUCUGUUCACAGAAUUAUGCCAACUUUGUCAAGUUAUCACGGCAGGUAUUCCCUGCCACUAAAAAAUAUAAUAACAACAGGUAGCAAUUUUGGGUUCAAACAAUUUUUAAUGUUACAUAGACAACCUGUUACUGUUUUUUUUUCUUGUUGUUGUUGUUGUUGUUAUUGUUUUUCAGGGGGGAGGUCUGGGUUUUUGGUUUUUUUUUUUUUGUAAAUAACACUAACUUUGUUAUGAAGACCUUGCAGACCUCUUCUUAAAACAUUCUUAUUCCAGAUCCAGGCAAAAACACAUCAAGGUUUGUAAAUUACUAUUUCCUGACAUAAUUUUUUUAAAUUAAAUGCAAAAUGUUCUUCAGAAUAA